CAUACGACUUCCGAGUACUUGUUUACGAUUGUUUUUGUUGUCAUCGUUUAAAAUUUGCAUAAAUGCGUUAGAAUUCUGCUGAUUUAGGUCAAAGCACUUGUCAGCCCAGUCGAGCGAAACAAAGAAUGUACAGUGAUAUGUAACGAUCGCAAACCAUACAAGGAAAAACCAAUCAAAAUCGGACAGAAUGUGUGAAAAUGUACAACUUAUUUGCGCUCUGUGUAGAGUUGGAGCAUAUUCGCUCUAUCGCCGUAUAUGCUGUAAAGGGCCCCCACCCGUCCGACCCAACAUCUGUGUACUGUGUCUGGGACUUUCAGGGGUUGGGAAGAGCAGUCUUCUAGCAAUGCUAAGUGGAGAUGACUUCCACAAGGUGGAACCAACUAUUGGUUUUAGCAUAAAAGCUAUCUUGUUUGAUGAGUGCAUUCUUGAGGUGAAAGAACUUGGAGGUUCGGACACUGUGCGACAGUUUUGGGAUCGGUACUACCAGGGCAUGCAGGGUAUUAUUUUUGUUAUAAACAGUACGGGAACAGACGAGGAGUUGGAGUAUGCGAAAACAGAACUGAGGAAAGCUUUAGAUCACCCGUCAAUCCGGGGAUUACCACUUCUAGUACUGGCCAACUUCCAGAACCAACCUGGUGCUAAAACUGCAGAUGAGAUUUCAAAGUUUAUGGACCUUGAGUCGGAAACAAACAAGCGUCAGUGGACGAUACAGGGAUGCUCCCUAGAUGACAAGGAGGGAACGCAGUCAGGCUUUUUGAGAUUUAACGAAUUUCUCCUGGACAAUAUGGAGAAACGAGCGGCCGAAAAUGGGGCAGGUGAAAUCAACCGUGUUUAGUGUCGGCCAAUCACAAUUGAUUAUUUGUUUCUACUCUGUUUAUUGUAAGCCAAUCACAAUUGUUGAUCUAUCUGUACUCUGUUUAUUGUAAGCCAAUCACAAUUGUUGAUCCAUCUGUACUCUUGUUUAGUGUAAGCCAAUCACAGUUGUUGAUCCAUUUAUACCCUAUUUAGCAUCAGCCAAUCAAUUGUUGAUUCAUCUAUACCCAGUUUAGUGUAAGCCAAUCACAAUUUUUGAUCCAUCUGUACCCUGUUUUGCAUCAACCAAUCACAAUUGUUGAUCCAUCUGUACUGUUUUGCAUCAACCAAUCACAAUUGUUGAUCCAUCUGUACCAUAUUUAGCAUCAACCAAUUACAAAUGUUGAUCCAUCUGUACUGUUCACGUGUGUUUGGCAUCCUCGUACUGUCCUCUGUACAGAAGACUGCGUCUCACUGUAUGACUUCUAGUAACGAUCUGAAGUUUGUCAUUUGCUUUAAGCAACUUUAAGAAUACACCUGUAAUAGACUGCUGACAAAUAUAACACGAAAAUAGAAUAAUCAGAGAACAUUUUGUUCAGUAUCGCAUAGCGAUUCGCUACACAAGUUUCUGAGAUUACUACACAAUUUUUAAAGAUUAAACAGUAGUUGCUAAUAAUUUUCCAAUUGAUUAGAAAUGUCUCUAAUCCAAAUUUUGAAAACAAAAUGUUCCCUGACAAUAAAACGUCAUAAAUUUGCUCAAGUAUAUAUUAGCUCUUGCUAUGCACGUUUGAGUACAGAUAUCUUUUUAUCUCAAAGGUGUGUGAACCCUGCUAUGCAACUCGAAUAUCAAUAACAAAUCGUUACUACAAAUCACACAGUGAGAUUGGAUCUUUAUUCAAGUUAUUUUUUUAAUGUUGUUUACGGAGAUCGCCCGAAGUAAUAUCUUGCUCAAGUUUUUGUUUGGUUAAUUGGUCAAAUGUCAAGGCCAUAUUAAAGGCCCAUUUAGACCGAAUGUUUUAUGCGAUGUAAAGAUACUGAGAUGUUUGUGUGUAACUGGAAGCAUGCUUUCUACUGCUGGCGUAUUUGUUAUGAUGUAAUUGUAAGUUAAUGUACUUUUUUACUGUUGUUUGCAUAAUGUUUUUCUGAUGGCAUAUAGCUUUUAUUUCAUAUUGUUAUUUAAUGAAAACUUAUAGGCAUGUUUUAAAAAAAUAUUAUUUUAUUUUGAUUUUUAUGAAUUCUCAAUUUAAACACAUUGAAAAGCUUAUUUGAUAUAUUUUUGUAAAAUGUCUCAUUGUUAAUUUCCAAUCGGUUGGAAAACGACUGGUCAUUUUGGGUGAACAAAAUGUUUGUAUUAAAUAUCGAUACUUCAUUGUUGCAGUUGUGUUAAAGAACUGCCAGAGUGAAAUAUUAGAGGUGUCUCUAUUGUUAUAACACUAUAACAGGAUUGUUAUUUUGAAUGUCCAAAGCAGUUAAUGAUGAAGUAACAUAAGGCGAAAUUGAUGUUAAAAUGUUUUAAAAUAUUCAGUUAAUCAGUGAUAUCAAACCUUCACAGCAGCCAGCAAUAAUGGACGUUAACUUGCUAAAAGCAAAUCAUGAACCUGGCAUGAAUGUUGGUAUAAAGUUGAAUUGGUCUAGUUUUUGUAACUGUUAUUUGUACUAAAAGGGACCGGCCUUGGUGGCGUCGUGGCAGGCCAUCGGUCUACAGGCUGGUAGGUACUGGGUUCGGAUCCCAGUCGAGGCAUGGGAUUUUUAAUCCAGAUACCGACU